AAAUAAUCAUAAUGGCGACAGCUCCUCCAGUACAAGUGAGCGUUGAACCCGUAAUUGAGAACCAAAUACAAGAGGUGACUCUUGAUGGACAAGAAAUAUAUAUUCAGCCUCUGUCUAUGUCAGAGAGCUUGACGAAGCUUGCACAAAAGAUAGACUUUGGUGAAGAUACAACAGGAAGUGGAGUAAAGAGACAGACAUCUGAAAUAGAAGGGGAAGAAAAAGAAGAAGAAAAAACAUCAGCAUUCCAACAGCCUACUUGGCCAUGGGACUCAGUGAGGACAAAACUAAAGGCCGCUCUGACAGAGAUGAAUGUACUUCUGGAUAUACUUAACAUUGCCAAAGAGAAACGUUACAUGGUGCUAGACCCUGUACAGCAAGAACCACAGGAACAAAAGAUUGGAGGAUAUCUGCAAGCUAAGAAGAAGAGCCUGCAGACAGUGUCAGAAAUCCUAUGUAGUGGGGCUGAAAGGUUACAAAGGUCUCAGGGUGAACUGACAAGGACACAACAAGACUUCCAUCUUGAGUUGCUAAGACUCAGACAAUCCUGGAGAUUGAAGAAAACUGGACAAACAAUCCUUGGAGACCUCAGCUAUAAAUCAGCUGGAUCAAGGUUCUGGCACACUGGAACAUUUGAGGUGAAGAAAGCAGACCAAACCUCUGCAGGUGACCACAUGGUUAAACCAUUUAGUGCAUUAGAAGUAUCUGUACCAAGUGAACUACAGGGUGUUGCAUAUGUACAGGUCUCUAUACAAAAUACACAAGAUUCCAGUAACAUAGCAGUGGCUGACUUGAGUAUCCCCAGUACACUGGUAGAUAGCAUGUCUAAAACUGACACUCAUUGGAAGACCAGACUAGAGUCAGCACAGAUGGUUAUAUUCUGCAAAGAAGUAUUCGCACAGUUGGCACGAGAGGCAGUUCAGAUGAAGACAGCUGUGCCACAUAUGGUAGUUGGGAACCAGAUCAUUGCAAGGUUGUUCCCGGGAUACCAGUUGAGUAUAGCAUUAUGUCAUUACACUGGCAAGGAGAAGAAUAUCACCCUGUCCAGUGCACAGAACACAGAGCACAACCAUGUCUUGGAACACUCACUUCAUCAACUACUGUGUGAGGUGCACUACAAGAACCUCCACCACCCAGCCCCCCACCCAGUCACCUCCACCCUUGGGAUGUCUAAACGACGCAGACUGGCUGGUCCCCAUGGUUACAGCACAGAACAGCUGCUAGAGCUAUCAGACAGCAAAACAAUAUUAGAACAAAUAAUUAACCAGGCCAAGCAUGUGAUCUUAAGAAACAGAGCAACUAAACUGCUGGACAGCGUUAUAAAGUCCAUCCCAGACCCUACCAUAUCUGCACAUUGGGCGUGCCUUGGAACACCUACAGAGACUUCAGUGAAGAUCACAAUCACGUCACCAGGCUAUGAAAAUGUCAGAGAAUACUUCCUCGAUGCAGCAAAGACGUCAUUUACACUGACCGUGGGUAUAGAUGAGUUCAAGGCCAUUGGAAAGGAUGGACGAAUAUUCACGAUGUCCAGUGAGGAACAAGAGUUGAAAGAUCUUAUAUUAUGUCAGAUAUCCAACCACCACAUCUCAUUAGUGCAGACCUUAUCUAAGAUGAUGGGCUGGCAAGUGUUGUCUUGCAAUACCCACUCAGGUGUAGGGAAUCUUGAACCAGUAGGCAGCCCAUCUACCAUAACACUGGCAUCCCCAAAUGGGGAUAGCGUUGUUGCUGUUCACAGUGGUGCAAUCUCAGGAGUGAAGGUUAGUGUAUCUCUCAGUCCCCAGCAGGAAGAGUCAACCUCAAACUCAACACUGGAUAAGAAAUGGACUAAUCUAGCUGGACCAUACAAAGAUGUGGUGUUGGAGAAACAGGAGGGAAAAUCAAUUAUGAAUAAGAUUGAACUAUUAUUAGCAGCAUUAGUGGCUAGCUGAUAGUGGCUAUUGGUGGUAUCCAUGGUAAAGAUAACUAUGGCUAUCAAUGGUGUCUGUGGUGUACAUAGCAGUGCUGAUAGUGGCUAUUGAAUGGUGUCUAUAGUAGAGAUAAUAGUACAGAUAGUGACAUUUAAUGUUUUCAAAUUCUCUGUCACUGCAUCCAUAGAAGUUCAACACUUUUUAGUAAUGUAAUGAGAUCUGGUGCCAUUGUCCAUAAAAUAUUUAAUAGUUUCCUCACAGAAAAAUGCAGAAUGGAAACCUGCUAAUAUCAUGCCAGCUUAUAUUUUGUAUAUUUUUUUGUAUAUACCAUGCUAUAAGCAAAUGAGAAUAAAUUGAUGUGAAG